AUGAAAAUUAAAAAUAUUCUAAAUAUUAACACCUCAGGGGAUUCUUCAAAGACACUCCAUGAAACAGUGUUGAAAAAUUUCAAUAAAACCCCGUCAGGUAAGAUUUAUGAGAAUGAAUUAAAGGAUAUUUACAGUAUGAUGCUCAUUUGCUUAGAAUUAAAGGAGAUUCAGGGAGUUAGAAUGAAACUUAAUCCUCUAGCUAAGUCACAUCCGUAUUCGUUUCAUAUUGAAGAAGCUUUAGAAAAAAUGAAACACUUAGAGGUAAAAAUUGAAUUAUCUAAGACAACGACUACAAUAUCAUAUAGUAUUAAACCUGAUUUAGGAUCCGCAUUAUUAAGUAAGUUCUUCAAUGCCAAAUUGUUGCACUCGCCUGCUGAUAGAACGAGAUCAAUGCCCAAAAAUGGAGUACUCUUGCAACCUACGCCAAAAGGUGUAGCUAUUCUACAGGACUUUUAUAAGAAGAUUGGAGGUAAAAAAGAAUCAAUUCCCCCAAUUUUAUUAUCCAGCUUGAACUCAAUGGAUUUAUUCAAAUUUGAUAGAGAUCCAAUAUCUGAUAAGAUAUUAUACUCGGAUUAUUUUCUUCAGUUGAUCUUUGUGAAGUUAGUUAGUAAUACCCCCAACAUUUGGUCCCCUAAUAAAAAGCCUGACCCGCUACCUUCAAUUGAUUCCAAACUAGACUUGAAUGAAUGCUUUACUGAUGGUUUUGAUUUUAGUAUGUUGGGAAUUGAUAGAACUACUGUGAACUUGCAAAACCUUUAUCCUGGCUGCGAAGGAGUCAAUUUCUGGGAUAGCCAAAGCAAUGGAAGUAAUAUAUCGACUGAAGGAAGAGAUAAGAAGUAUUGUCUCAUUAGCCCUAUACAUCAUACGUAUUUUACUAAUCCGGAAUCAGAUUCCCAUGUGCAAUAUUACGUCUCUAAUACAGGUGUCAGGUUUCAUCAAGAUAUGGUAUUCAGGUCCACUGCAGGGGAAGAUGUAAUUGUAAAUUUAUGUAUUUCUGGUAAAGCAAUAUGCCAAUGGCUUUGUGAUUGUACCGAUGUCAUAAGCGUUCAUCAUGCCACUGAGAUAGCUGAUCUUUUAUUGAAGGUAAAAUUACUAACACCGAUCACAUUGUAUCCUUCGAACGCUAAUCAUAAACGAUUUCAAUCUGAUAGAUUCUCAUUUUACAUCCUAAGCAACCAAGGAUUAAACAUUGCGCAUUGGACAGACAUAAAUCAGAAUGAAUUGUUUAACAACAUUGAAGAAAUCCCAACAGAAAGACUCACUUAUAAAGAAUUAUCAAGCCAGAGUGUUGAAUCAUUUAUAGAUAACUGUGAGGCUAGAGAUCCCAGGUCGCAAAUUAGUCAGAAAAUUCCAAUAACAACCUUACAGGACAACUUGAAAGACCCUGGAAUGAGGUAUUUAUUCAAAAAGCAUCUAGAGAAGGAAUUCUGUUCAGAAAAUCUAGAAGCAUAUUUGCAGUUAAAACAAUUCCAUAAAAAAAUAACCAUCCUAAGCCAACUUCUCAUAUUCAAGAGAAGCUGCAUGAAGCAGGUUACGAGAUCUAUUGACUGUCAAAUUAUCCAAUUGGCUAACACAUGCUUAGGUAUGGCAUACCACAUUUAUUUCAGUUACCUUAGUUCAGAUUCUCCUUUCUUGUUAAACAUUAAUUAUAACUUGAAGGAAAAAAUAACAAGAAUUAUGUUAAACAAGUCUAUGAUUUCGAGUGCACCUACUCAAGAUUAUACCAAAACCCCCAUACAAGAAAAUUCUGGAGAUGAUUCUGAACCACAAAGUAUAGCAGACGACAUGGAUUUGGGAUGUUCUCCAAAAUCUACAUCACCUGUUACAUCCAUUAAGCUGCCUACAAGUAACAAUAAGGCAAGAAUUACUGGGGAUUCUAACAUUAAAAGGCAAGAUAUUGUGUAUGAAGAAUUUGACUUCCAAUUCAAAUCCCCGAUGGAACAAAAUAUCAGAAAUACUUUAAAUAUUUUAGUUCAAGUUUCAGAGAUCUUUGAAGCAACAGCAAAUCAUAUUUACAGAUUAAUGGAAGUUGAUUCAUUUCCUAAAUUUUUGGAUAGCGACAUCUAUCGGCGUGCAACUUCUUACAUAGAACUUAGAAAAUAA